AUGCCCUCAGAGCCCCAUUUUCAGGUCCUUUGGGACCCCUUGCGUGCCACCAAUAAUGGCAGCAUUCUGUGUCGCUUCUCUGGCGGUGAUAGUAAAACAUCGUCGAAGAAAAGCCCCACAGCACAGCACUCCAGUCGUGAACGUUGUUGGCGACAUCAUUCUUAUGCCCAGGUUUUCGUCGAAGACUCCGUGGAUGGAAAAGUGGAUCGACCAGUGCUCUGUAAAACGCUUGCGGCGCUCCUAGUACAGCCAAUGAAACACUCCGUCCAACCUAGAACUGGUUUGGAGAAGCUUGAGGCAGGCGUUGAUGCGAGGACCUGCCGUGCGCCUGACGGCUGCGCAACCGACGAUGAAAGACUCUUCUAUGAGUUUCAGCUGUUCUUCGACAUGCUGCCGACAAACUCUGGCAUACAUCGGAACCACUACCAGGUUCACAUUCUACGUUAUCUCUUUCAAGUAUGA